AUCUAUUGAAUGACGAUCUAAGCGCCUAACAUGGUUAUGAUUCAAGGUCGCUCUGGAUGAUUGCAGAUAUUUCUAAAUAUGAUGAGGACAAGGAGACUCCUCCGAAUCCGGAUGAUCUGCGUUCUCUUCCUGACUUUGCUGCACUUUGUUCUUUCUUGACAUUUUUUGGCUCUGAUCUUGGUAUUCACCUUACGUUCCCACAGUUAUAUGAUUUCCUCGCUCUUCAAAAUUCAGGUAUGGAGUGCAACAGUAAGCAAUACAUUAUUUGUUCGACCACUACUUCAGUUGUGAAGUUAUUGUUUCGUAAUUGAUUAUGUAACAUUAAACACUAGUCAUAACUCUAUAAAGGGAACUGUAUCUGUUAACAUUAUUGUCUAGUCAAUAGUUUUUGGUUGUCUUACUGGCAAUAAAGUCUUCAUAGUGUUCUGGUCCAUGUUCCUCUAUUUAAUUAUACACUACUCGGUUUGCCACCAUGCAUACUCUGUACUGUAUGAUGUUUGUAGCACUUGAGUUACUGAAGCAAUUAGCUGAAGUAGUCUAAAGCCAAAUGAUUUCGUGCUCAUAGGUAAGUAGAAGUGUACAUGCUCUUACUGUUGGUUAUUGAUAUAUCCGACCCAAGUGAGUAGUCUUUCACAGACUGACUGCACAAGGACGGUAUUGUUUUUUUUUUCUUUUUCUAUAUACUAAAGGAAAUGGGGUCUUGAGAGUUUCUAGGCUCACAACGCAAGAAGUCCUAAAAUUUAUUUAAUAAACUUAUUCAGAGUAAUUAAUCUGGUACUGGUUGAUUACUUAUCUCUAUGCUGAUUAACUUGGGCAAACUGGUAACUGGCAAAGUUUUUUACUAAUGAGAAAUAAAUUCAGUAAAAAGUGGUAAAUUGAAUGAGAUCUAAGAUUCUUGUUGGCUAUACUUUGCCUACUCGUUAACAUUUCAGUAUAUAUUCCCUGGCCAACAGUUGUUACUACUGUUUUACAGCGAACUGAAUACCAUGAUGUACGUCUAAUAUGUCCGCCGUUCUUUGAUUAUUAUCUAUCUAAUUAUUCUUUCAUAUCACCUUUGUUUUUGGCUUAAAACUCGUAACUUUCGUUGUUUACUAACAUAUGAACAUCUGGUUUCAAACGAAAGUAUUUUUGGUCAAAACGUUUUCUAGAAAAAGCUAUGGUCUCUAGGUAAGAUAGCAUACGGCGAAAAAGUACCUAUUUAUAAAAUUAAGGACUAUCCAUAAACAUGGUACAGGAGAAUGCUUCAAUAAUAUAUCGAGUACAUCAUAAAUCAACUGCAAGUGUUAGAGCUAUCCGUAAAUUACGACAGUCAAAUAUAGGUUCUUCCUUGAACUCUUAGAUGUCCCCGAAUUCCUUGGUCCGGCCGAGAGUAGGGAGAGUCAUCUUUCCUCCCCCAAAUGCUCUCACAUAGUCACGUACGUACAACCACCGUCAGGGAAGUCCUAAUUACUGCCUUCUCGCGGCACUAAUGUUGUUAAGGAAAUUGAGGGGACGGAAAAAGAAUGUCCGGCGCCUUAACCGGGUUGCUGGACUCGGUGGGUGUACCCAGGGGAGUUGGAAAACCUUGAUUCCCAACAACUGAUGUACAUGGGCUUCAGUAUCCUAAAGGAACAAAUGGCUUAUGAACCAAUUGUUGGUCACCGGCUAUCAUGGGACUGCAUCUAAAGUCGCUCCACUGCCUAGUCGACCAGGUCAAAGGCUCCGAGUGUGGCCCCUUAAGAAAACCACGUGCUUCAGUCUGGGUACCCGAGCAGUAUCACAGCCCACACGUAAAUCAAGUGACUUGUGUGUGACUCCUUGUACCAAUGUUCAUAUGUUUAAAUACAUGAACACCCCCAGAUUUUUAUAGAAAGUUUGUCUCAUACAUAUACAAGCAUAUCAUACGCUAAUCAUUUGCAGUUCUUUUUUAUUAGCAAAAACAAAAAUAUGGGAGACGCUUCACGUCAAAUUGCUCAAUAAGUUAAAAUAUCGCGCUCGCCCUGAUCGUUGGGAACCAGUUUUGGGUCGUUUCUUGCUUAGUCAUGGUCUUCAUAUUGAUGGAAUCCAAACAGCUGCUGAACUUCUCUUGAAUAGUGAAUGUGGAAAUAAUGAAAAGCUGGAUGUAUUCAUUCAAAAGCCAUCUGGAUAUGUCUCCAGUUACUACAGGCUCUCUCCUAACGUUCGUGUUAAAACUCUUCUCUGUCUUUUGGAAACCCAGUUUGAUCGGAAUCAGCCUUUCAAAGAUAAGGCAAACCUACGCUCUCCUGUUGAUUUACGAUUUCCUCCCUUAGGGAUUGAUGUUUGGGGUAGAAGCUAUUGGCUUCUGAAGGAUUCAGAUAUAAAUAUUUACCUAUACAGGGAAGAUCAUCAGGAAAACAAUUUCCAGGUAAGUACUACUUGUAUUUCCUAUUUUAUUUGUGUAAUACUUAUCGGUGGGGCUUUAUUUACUAAAUAAUUUGAGUUCCAAGUUUUGAUGCUGCUUCGUAUAUACUUUGGUCUGAACAAAAAGUAGUAUUGGUACCUUUCGUCGAAAAUUAAUGAAAGCUGAGAAAGUAAAUAUGUACAGAGGUACUGAGUCCCAUUUAUUAACGCCUUGUAAAAGAAUUAUUCAAGUAAAUUAGCAUUGCUAUGAUAAGUAACUGCGAGAGUUCUGUUAUUUUAUGUACUAUAUAUUCUAUAAAUAGCUUUCAACUGCGUCAACUUAUUUCUGAAACUCAGCAAAUCAAUGCACUUUUACCACAGGUUGAGUGUAAGUUUCGUAAGGUCUAUUCCUCAUUUUGAUUGAAAUUAUGUUUUACGCAACAUUUAAUCAGGUUGAUUGUCACUUUUCCUCUGAAAUUUACCAGUUGAACCGGGUUGAUUAAUUGAAAAACAUUAAACGAUGCUGCUCUUAUCACAUAAAGUUGGCGUCAAGUAAGUAUCCAUCCUCUUUCUUGUGCUGUUUUGUCUCUUGAUCAAGAAGUGUGGGGUUAGUUGGUAAAGUACUGGUCUUUCAACCAUUGUGUUAAAGGAUGAAAUCCCACUUCAUCUACUUUAGUUGAGGCGACCACGCGGUAUCACAGCUAGCAUGAAUAGUAUGACUAAGCAAAUUAUGUAAACAUUUCCGGUGAGUUACAUUCAUUAAUUAAACAACCUAUCUACAUUAGGUAAAAGCGUUUAUCAAUGACACUAACUCUAGAGAGUGUUUUAGUCCAAUUUCUGUGAAUUCUCAACAACACUAAAUGAACUAAAUAAGUGAUGUAUAAGUAUAUUCCAAAAAAAAACAAGAAAGAACUGAAAGGACUUUGUAUGAUUGAUCAGAAUGCUUAUUUUACUAGUCUUAUUACUUAUUGAUUUUAUUAUCUUAGGGGUAAAGUCAUUCAUAUUAAUGUAUUGGCAUAUUAGGAACUAUGGUCUUAAUUUCAUCCAAGCGUAUUAGUUCGGCACUCCUAAUUUGCUCCUUCCGUAUUUUUUUUCACUAAGUUGUUGUGUGAAUCUUUUGACGAUGUGCGUGGUCUUAUCGAAGAAUUGAAAGAAGCCUUUUCAGAAGAUGAAAAGCUGGAAAGUAUUUUUAAGAAAAAGCAAGCCUCAGAUAGAUCGAACCUGAAAGAUCAUUUGGAAAACUUGAUACAAGAUGGUGUAGCCUCUCCAGAACUGGAAAUUUCAAAAAAUGACGAGGAUUCUGUUAUUUCACCGCCAUCGCACCCAAAUGUUUGCUUAAAACCUGCAAUUACACCACCACCAACUCCUACCUGUGAUCAAAAACCAACUAUCCAUUCGGUCGACAUGUUAUUAGCAAUUUCAAAGAUUGAGCAUUCAGUCAAACCCGAAAGUCAAGAAAAUGUUGGAUUAAGUGAAGAAAUGGUCUCUAGUAACAGAGGAAAAACAGAUGAUCAAAAUCGUAAUGUUAUUCACGAAAUUGAGGUGGGACAAAAAUGUGUUGAUGUAAACGCAGAAUAUCACACCAAGCAAGAAUGUACCACUGAACAAGUCCUAAGACCAGAAGAUGAUUGCAAUGAACAUACAAAUCAAGAUUCCGAGUCAUCAGCUGUGGAACCAUGUACCACUGUUUUAUCAAAAAAGUCUCGGAAAAACAGCUCUAUCAAGAGCUCAGAAAUUGUUGUUAAUGAACAGGAUUUACGACGCAGUAGUAGGCAGCGUAAGCCUGUUCAGGUAUUCAAUAUCCAACCAACUCAGUCUAAACGUCCAAAAUUAUCAACCCCUGUUUCAAACUCAUUACACAAGGUCAAUAACGAAGACGAAAAACCUAAAAAGCAGAAAAUACCUGUCGUAAAAAUACAUCUCACUGCAAAUGGUCAUGUAGUAAAUAAAAAUCAAAAGAGAAAAAAGAAACGUCAUCGUAAAAAACCUCGAAAGGGUUCAAACCCUUGGAUUUAUGGGACAUCUUCCAGUGAAUCAGACGGUGAAGAUGACUCAUUUGAAAAUGCGCUUAUGCAACAUUUAAAUGUAGACAGCGAUGAAUCAAAUCCUCAUUCACCAAAAAAACCGGACAAAGACAUAAAUCCUGAGUGGUCAGAUGCGCCUGAAAGUGAUUUUGACCCAAAUGGGUUAGAUAUUCAAAGUGAUGCUGAUAGUGUAACCGAUGGACGGAACUUGGCCAGGCAAAAACGUUUACAGAAGAAGUUUGAAUCAAAUCCAAGUACUAACUGCAAUGUAGACGAAAAAGAAGAACCGUGUCAGGUUUGCUUUAAGUCACACUUACCUGAUUGGAUAUUGCUAUGUGACCGAUGCGAUUUGGGACACCAUGCUAUGUGUCUCUCACCUCCUUUACAUAUUAUUCCAGAAGGUGAUUGGUUUUGUCCUCGUUGUCAACAUGCUACUCUGAUAUCAGCUUUAAAGGAAACCAUUACUGUUCUUGAGGCUGAGUCGAAGAAGCGAAAUAUUUGGAAGCGUAUGCAAGAACGCUUGAAUUUCGUUAAUAUUAGUAUGACGAACAUUUUAGGAGAUGAUGAUAGUGAUUUUCAUGAGCGUAAAAACAAGAAAGGAAAAGUACUGCGUAAUACUCAAAAGAACAAUGUUAAGUAUGCCUGUGAUGAUUCGUAUAGUGACGAAGAAAAUGAGGAUAUUGCUUUUGUAUCCCAUUCGGAUACUAAGAAUACUAACUCCAACACUGACUCCGGUGUUGACGGAAGGUCUCAAGGAAAUUCCAUCAGGCGUCGUCGUCAAGUUCGGCCUAAAUCAAAGAUGCAGUUUUCCAGACCACGCCGUGUAAACUUUCGAGAAGAAACGUCUGAAGAAUCAGAGUCAGUCGAGUCUGAUUAUGAACCACUUCCUUGUAGAAAUACUCGCCAACGCCAAGUUAGGUAUAAAGUGAGCGAAGCAUUCAAAGAGCUAGAUGAAGCGCUAGAAGCUGACGAAAAAUACCAAGAAGAAAAGCAGCGCAAACUAAAACGAAAGACUAGUGAACAUUACAACCACACUGAUGGUGAAAAUGUUAUCGACGAAGAGUGUGAGCUUAAUGGUCAUACACCUAAGUGUUCACGUGGAAAAGACCUGUCGAAUAUCUUGGGGCCGGAUUGGAAAGAAUCCGAAGAAGAUAACAGUAUACGAUCUCGUCGUAAAAAGCGUCGCAUUGCUGAUCUGUCUUCUAGUUCUUCUAGUGAACAUUCGAAUGAAGAUUCAGUAGAUGGUAAAGCAAGACGGAGUUGUCGAGCAAGAGAUGAAGAUUUUAAACCAUCAUCUUCUGAAGUGUCAGAAAGUGAAGACGAUAUCGACUCUCGGAAGCAUAUUUCAAGUGAUGACUUUGAACAAAUGUCAAGUGAUAAUAGUUGGCUUUCAACUGCACGACACAAUUCUCGUUCGACACGUGGAAAUGCUCGAAAAAAGAAAAGAUCAUCCAAAUUUUCUUACCGGUCUCGAAAACCCGUCCCUUAUUUUGAAUACAGUGAUGAAGGUUCUGAUCGUGCAGUAUUACGGACUAGAAGAUGUACCCGAACUGUUGUUAGUUAUCGUGAAUCAAACGAUGAUACAACAGAUAAUUCUGAACACGAUUUUUCGGAAGCUCCUGUUACAAGUAAUAGUAGAAUUCGUAGAGUGUUAGAUGAUGAAGAAGAAGAGAAGGAAGAGGGAGCUCAGAUCGAUAGAACCAAUGCUGAUCGGCCUCCUACUCCAAUAUCUGUUAGUCUGAAAAUAAAACGUCCCCAGUCUAAUCGCACAGUUUUAAAGUAUUCUUCUGAUAGUGAUUAUCAACCGUGUGACGAUGAUGAUGAUGAUGAUCAAGAGGAGGACAGUCAAGGUGAUAGUGAUUCUGUAAAGACGGACAGAAAAAUUCCACGAACAAAUACACCUAUGAAAUCAAAAGAUAUUAUAGAAUCACAAUCAGAUGAAUCAAAUCACGAACAUUCAACAUCAGUAUUAAUCAUUUCCGAAACAAGCGAUAUCGAUAAUUCACUUUUCAAAGAUAAUGUAAAAUCAGUUUCUGUCGAAUCAGGUGACUGUAAAGUUGAAUCAACAGACAAUAUUUCGGUAAACUCCUUUGAUACAUCUAAAAAUCGUUUAAAUGAAAAUAAUGACGAUGAUGACGAAGAAGUAGAAGAUGAGGCUGACGAAUGUCUACCAGUUCGUAAUAUACCGCAUGUUUCUCCUCAAUUUGAUAAGCAAAUUAUUGAAAAUCAACCUUGUGUUUCUCCGGAUGUUUUUUAAAGUUUACACUUAUUUAUAAUUAUGUUCUUUGUUGUAUGUGUAUGACUAAUGUUACUUUUAAAAUUAAAACACAGAUUUCAGCGAAGGGAUCUCUUUUCAA